AUGACCAUGACAGCGAAGCUCCGUCCGUUGCCAUUCCCUCCGAUCGCUCAAGUUAUGAGAGUAGAUGCUAAACAUACUGAAUCAGGCGCUAUUGGACUGGAUAUCUGCUACACCUGCCUGCCUGCCCUUCGACGUGCCAAACGAAGUGACGUCCGCACCUGGAGACGAAACCCGGAACACUGGCCCUGCCGAUCCUGGACAAAUGCCGGGGGAACUAUCAACACAGCGCUUACACUACUGAUUGACCGCAUUUGCACUUGGCUAAUCGUUUCAUCUUUCACAGGCCUUGCAACUCGCUCCUCAGCGGUGCAGACGCCUCUUCCACCGCCUCCGCCUCCGCCUUCCGAUGACUACAACUAUACCACCUCCUCGAUACCAAGCUUACCGGAGCUCGCCAUGACCAGCUACCAGAUGUUCAGCACCCCUCCGAGCAACGGUGUAAGCACAGCAACUUCGAACAACUUCCUACUUUCACCCAGCACCAAUGGCACAAGACGGACUUCUGGAGGAGAUGUCUCCUCACAAUCACGGAGCACCGAUGCUUCCCCCAAUGCUCGACCAUCGUCACCUACAUCAGACAGCGGCACCAACUGGAGCUCAGCUGUUGGUCAUGCCACCACCGGAGGGAAGUCAGGGAGGGUGAUUGAGAAGUUGAUGACAGACAACGACCGACUCAAGCGCGAACUCAAAGAGCAAAUUAUCAAAGGGGAGGAACUGCAACGAGGGAUUCAAAUGGCCAAACCACGCAUCGACGCAUUACAAGCAGAGAACGACAAUCUGACGCAUGCGCGGGGAGUGGACAACGCUCUCCUUGCACGACGAGACCGUAUGAUCACAGAGCUCAAAGCAGACCUCGCAGCGGAGCGCAAGAGAAGGGAAAUGCAUGAAGUGAGGUCACAAAAGCUCGAGACGGAAAGAGACGAGGCGAUAGAGGAGAAGCGGAAAAACAUCCAAGACCUUACAGAAAGCGAAAAGCAUGCCACGACGCACGCCAACAUCCUCGAGACAAGCCACAAGCAGCUAUCCGCAACGUAUCGAGCACGGCUAGAGGCCACCAGGCAGGAAAUCACUGCUUUGCGUGAACAGCGCGAGGAGCAAGAAUCGCGUCUUUCGAAGCUGGAUGUGGUAUCCGAUCAGAUGCGGCAGGAAUUGGAACGAUCAAGAAAAGUGCAAGUAGAAAUGAUGUCGAAGUGGGAUACUCUUAGCUCGUCACUGCAAAGCCGAGUCGAUCAGGUUCUCAACGACAAUCGGGCGGACACGGAGAAGUUGCGAGCUUUGAGCGAGGAGAUGGAAGAAGUGGUGAAUAAGAUGCGAUGGGUUAUGAAUUUGAAGCAGAAUACGAGCCUGGACCAGACUGCCUCGUCUGCUUAGCGGCAUUGGAAUCGUUCAUAUGG